CCCCCCCCCCCCCCCCCCCCCCCCCCCCCCCCCCCCCCCCCCCCCCCCCCCCCCCCCCCCCCCCCCCCCCCCCCCCCCCCCCCCCCCCCCCCCCCCCCCCCCCCCCCCCCCCCCCCCCCCCCCCCCCCCCCCCCCCCCCCCCCCCCCCCCCCCCCCCCCCCCCCCCCCCCCCCCCCCCCCCCCCCCCCCCCCCCCCCCCCCCCCCCCCCCCCCCCCCCCCCCCCCCCCCCCCCCCCCCCCCCCCCCCCCCCCCCCCCCCCCCCCCCCCCCCCCCCCCCCCCCCCCCCCCCCCCCCCCCCCCCCCCCCCCCCCCCCCCCCCCCCCCCCCCCCCCCCCCCCCCCCCCCCCCCCCCCCCCCCCCCCCCCCCCCCCCCCCCCCCCCCCCCCCCCCCCCCCCCCCCCCCCCCCCCCCCCCCCCCCCCCCCCCCCCCCCCCCCCCCCCCCCCCCCCCCCCCCCCCCCCCCCCCCCCCCCCCCCCCCCCCCCCCCCCCCCCCCCCCCCCCCCCCCCCCCCCCCCCCCCCCCCCCCCCCCCCCCCCCCCCCCCCCCCCCCCCCCCCCCCCCCCCCCCCCCCCCCCCCCCCCCCCCCCCCCCCCCCCCCCCCCCCCCCCCCCCCCCCCCCCCCCCCCCCCCCCCCCCCCCCCCCCCCCCCCCCCCCCCCCCCCCCCCCCCCCCCCCCCCCCCCCCCCCCCCCCCCCCCCCCCCCCCCCCCCCCCCCCCCCCCCCCCCCCCCCCCCCCCCCCCCCCCCCCCCCCCCCCCCCCCCCCCCCCCCCCCCCCCCCCCCCCCCCCCCCCCCCCCCCCCCCCCCCCCCCCCCCCCCCCCCCCCCCCCCCCCCCCCCCCCCCCCCCCCCCCCCCCCCCCCCCCCCCCCCCCCCCCCCCCCCCCCCCCCCCCCCCCCCCCCCCCCCCCCCCCCCCCCCCCCC